AUGGAGAUCAGCUAUCUGGACAAGCAAAAGGGAUAUGAAAAUAGGGUUGGUGUUUGGAUACCUCAGUGUCCCCCAAAGAACUGGGAGACUAGGUCGUGGUCUGGAGAUGGGAGACGGCCAUCAGGAGCGCUCCAUGCAACUGGGGUUGCCUCUUGCGGCUCACUCGAUCGAGCUUGUGGCUCCUCUUCCUCCUCUUCUUCAUCGUUGAAAUGUGUGUGGCUUCCUUGGCCUUGGUGGAGCAUUGGUAGCUCGUACUGUCCAUAG